CAAUACACUUGUUUGCUACUUUUUAUCAAACAUUUAUAACUUUCUUAUCAAGCAAAUUAAGCCUGAUAUAUUAUGUUCUUUUGAUUAAAAAAAGUAUUUUCGUAUUGGAUGCUCGGUCAUAAACACCGAUCUUAAAUUAUAUAGUUAUAAUAAAAGUUACCUAAAGAUAUUUUUUAAUACUCAAAUGAUCCGUUCCAUGGGAAUCUUAUCAAUGGCGGGUAAAAGCUUUACCUCAAUUAAGCCGUACAGUGUUAGUGCAGAAUUCAAUAAUCGACUAAAAGGCAAAGUUGCUAUAGUCACUGCAUCAACUGAAGGUAUAGGAUAUGCCAUUGCAAAGAGGCUUGGAUGUGAGGGUGCAUCAGUAGUAAUAUGUAGUAGAAAAGAGAACAAUGUCCAGAAAGCAGUUAACGAGCUUCGCAAAGAAGGAAUUACCGUGGAAGGUGUUGCAUGCCAUGUUGGGAAUGCAGAACAGAGGAAGAAACUGUUUGAUAUUGCUAAUGACAAAUUUGGGGGCCUUGAUAUACUAGUAUCCAAUGCGGCAGUUAAUCCAGGAGUGUCACCAGUUUUAGAAACAGAAGAGAAUGUUUGGGACAAAAUAUUUGAAAUCAAUGUGAAAUGCUCUUGGCUCUUGGCUAAGGAGGCAUACCCCAAUCUUGUUAAGCGAGGGGGAGGCUCCAUUGUGUUUAUUUCAUCUAUAGCUGGAUAUCAGCCAAUGUCACCUUUAGGUCCUUACAGCGUGAGUAAGACAACGUUAUUGGGGUUGACCAAGGCUAUCGCAAAUGAAGUCGUGACGGACAACAUAAGAGUUAAUUGUGUUGCGCCAGGCAUCAUUGCUACGAAGUUUGCUUCAGCUAUUACCGGUUCAGAAGCAGCUAAGGAGCAAAGCUUAUCAAUAGUGCCAAUGAAGAGAUUCGGAGAGACAUCGGAAAUCGCUGCCGCGGUGGCCUUUUUAGCGUCAAGUGACGCCAGCUACGUCACCGGCGAAACCAUCGUGGUGGCUGGCGGCGCUCACGCCCAUCUGUAAUGUGUAUGCAUAUGUAUUAUACAGGGUCACAGUGCCCUUGUAUAGGUAAAGAGAUAGUCAUAUAGAUAUUUUAUGGACUCCUACAACUCCAGAGUUAUUAUUAAGAUGCAAGCAGAUCUCAUCCUUAUAGUAAGAGACAAAGUGGGAUCUUUCACUAGACUUUCAACACAUAUAUAUCGUCACAUAUCUUUGUUGCCAUAUAAUAACGAUAUUUAGAAGUCAGUAUCUAUUUGAUACUGACUGGUACUUCUGUAUAACACAUUGACGAGCACCAAACGAGCACUAUUAUAAACGCCUUUCUAUUGUUAUUUGCGAAGUGCUCACCAACCUGUUAAACGAGUUUUGAUCGAGAUUACAUGCUUCUAAAAUAAGUUAUUAUGUACUAGCUACUAGCUUUUGCCCGCGGCUUCGCUCGCGUUAAAUUCGAAAAAUGUGGAAUGCUCCAUACAAACUUUCACCCACUAUUUUAGGGGAGCGGGGGGUUAGAAAGAGACAAAAAGUAACCUAUGUCUCA